AUGGUGACCGCAGAGCUGGAAGGGGAGCCCAGGGGCUGCGCUGUCAGGGAGGGCCGGGCCGGGGGCGCGGCUGGCCGCGGGCUUCGGGCCUUACCCCGGGGCCGCGGGCCGGCACCGACCGCGCAAGCGCAGACCGCAACGAACUACUUCCGCCCGCCGCCGGCGCUCAAUGCGCAUGCGGACUUCAAGCCCCGCCCCCUGGCGGAGCGGACCGUCAAAACUGCGCAUGCUGUCUCCGUUGCAGUGGGGUUGGACGCUGCUGGCAAAACCACCAUCCUGUACAAGCUGAAGCUGGGAGAGAUCGUCACCACCAUCCCCACCAUCGGGUUUAACGUGGAGACGGUGGAGUACAAGAACAUCUGCUUCACAGUGUGGGACGUGGGCGGCCAGGACAAGAUCCGGCCCCUCUGGAGACACUACUUCCAGAACACGCAGGGUCUCAUCUUCGUGGUGGACAGCAACGACCGGGAGAGGGUGCAGGAGUCUGCGGAGGAGCUGCAGAAGAUGCUGCAGGAGGACGAGCUGCGCGACGCCGUGCUGCUGGUCUUCGCCAACAAGCAGGACAUGCCCAACGCCAUGGCGGUGAGCGAGCUGACCGACAAGCUGGGGCUGCAGGCGCUGCGCAGCCGGACCGUGAGUGCACGGGGAGGGGGGGACGGUGGAGCCUGGGUGGAUGCGAGGGGAAGCGGGGAGCUACCCGAAGCAGAUAGGCGGGAGGAUGCUUGCAGCUCAUGCCGUAGGUUGCUCUGAAAGUAAUGCCUCCUGGAUAUUCCUGUGGAAGCUGCAACAGAUGGGAAGAGUGCAAUAGCACUGCUUUGUAGAGCACAUACUCAGCUACGGAGCAAAGUUGUUCAGCGUAGUCACUUCCAUUCGCUGUGCAUUUUCACCAGCGAUGAGCAAGAGCCUGCGUGCUGUGCUCGUACAAAUCUGCACCAGCCGAGGUGAUUCACUGUUACACAGCUGCUGUGACCAUAUCAUUGUUAGGCUGGAGGGGCUGUAAGCACUUGAUGUAGUUGUAGAUGUUGCUGUUCACUGAGAUGUGGGACCAGAUGCCCUUUAAAGGUCCCUUCCAACUGAACCCAUUCUAUGAUCCUAUGAAGGUCUCUUCCAACUCAACC